AUGGCAUUACAAAAAGAAAUUGACUCGAACAGGAAUAAACUUCAUUAUAUUGUUAAAACAAUUUUGUUUCUGGCUGUCCAAGAUAUUCCGUUGCGAGGUAAAACAGGUCAAAGGGCAGUAUUAAACAAUGUUCUGAACUUUCGAGCUGAAGCAGGCGACGAAGUCUUAAGAUAUAAUCUUAUAACAGCUGCUAAAAAUGCAAAAUAUAUCUCACACAGAAUUCAAAAUGAAAUUAUAAACAUCAGUUGUGAAAUUUUAAGAGAAAAAAUUGUAUGGCGCGUCAACAAAGCUAAAUAUUUCAGUGUACUGGCCGACGAAACAGCAAACAUCAGUGGUUUAAAAUCGUUGUCCAUUGGCUUUCGUUUUGUGGAAUGUAAUGAUGCAAAUAAAUAUUACAUGGAUGUCAAGUCAAUUGCACAUGCCAUCGUCGAAAAUGAACAAAAAUGGGGAUAA